AUGAGCAUAUCUAGACCAUAUAAAUCAGUUAAAAAGACUAAGUCGGGGAAUUCUGAUAAAAACCAGUCUCUGAUUUCCAGCUUCUUUGGGACAGCUGCAUCAGGUUCAACAAAAUCCAACAUAAAGAGAACGCCGCUAGUUUUAACAACCCCUGAAAAAGUGGCAUUGAAUAGAAGUAAUUCUUUCCUUUCCAAGGCUGUGGUUUCAAGUGGUACAUUCGAUGAGUUUGCUAGUUCAGAUACCUCGUUUGAUUCGCCUGAGAUUAAUAAUUUUAAAAACCCUGCGUUGGCCAGGUCUUUUAUGGGCCAAGAGUCCCAUAGAUCGCAAGUGGUAGAUUUGACACAAGAAGAUGAAACGGAUGUACAGGUCAUAUAUCAACUGUUAAACAGUCCUACUUCGCAUAUAAAGACCCAAAAAAAUGAAACGCAAAAGACGGGCAAUCCCCCAUUAAAAAGGGGCCAUCAAGACUUGUUGGAAAGGCUAAAUGGACAGCCUAGAAAAGUUCCCCGAAACUUUAAACUAACAAGCCCCCUGUUCACAUCUUUACAGCACACGUCACUGAUUCCAUUAAGUGAGGAGCAGCUAAAGGUGAUAAAGUAUAUAGUUCUGGAUGGACUCAAUGUGUUUUAUACUGGUAGCGCUGGUACAGGUAAGUCGAUUGUCUUACGUGAGUUGGUCCUGUCUCUUCACCUGAAGUACGGUGCCAGUAGGGUUGGCGUUACAGCAUCAACAGGAUUGGCUGCAUGCAAUAUUGGUGGUCAAACAAUUCAUCGAUUUUUGUCCAUUGGCUUGGGCACUGGAAGCGCCUUCGAAUUGUCCAAGAGAAUCAAAAAGAAUCCUGCCAAUUUAAAAAAGUGGAAGAAUUUGAAAGUAUUAAUUAUUGAUGAAAUCUCUAUGAUUGAUGGCAAAUUGUUUACCAAAUUGGAUGAAUUAGCAAAAAUUAUUCGUUCAAGUCAACUUCCUUUCGGCGGGAUUCAGGUUAUUUGUACAGGAGACUUCUUCCAAUUGCCUCCCGUCAACAAGGAUGGUCUGUCUGAGUUUUGCUUUCAAAGCGCAGCAUGGGAUAAAGUUAUCCAAAAGACUAUAUUAUUGACUCGAGUAUUCAGACAGAAAGGAGAUACUGAGUUGAUCGAUAUGUUGAACGCAUUACGUUACGGGAGUAUGAAUGACGACAUGAUUGCAAAAUUUUAUAAACUAUCAAGAAAUGUUGUUUAUGAUGAUGGUCUUGAACCAACCGAAUUAUUUCCUACUAGAGACGAAGUCAAGAGAGCUAAUCAAACAAGACUCAGCCAGAUUCCAAGUAGACCACUUAGGUUUAAAGCCGAAGACAACAUUUCAGAUGUCAAUCAUAUAAAGAUGCUAGAUAAUUUAAUGUGUGAAAAGGAAUUGGAGCUAAAAGAAGGAGCACAAGUGAUGUAUUUAAAAAAUCUUGAUGAUCAAAUAGUCAAUGGGUCAAUUGGAACCGUAACAUGCUUUAUGUCUUCAAAACUUUGGGAAAAGGUGAAUGAUGUUUACAAAGGAAAUUUAUACGACAUUGAUGAUCAAAUUGCCGAUGAGCUAAGGUUAUUAUCAUCCAGAGUUGGCUGCGUUGCAAACUGGUCUCCUGAAGAAACUGAAAAAUAUGACCGCAUACCAAACGAACGAAAAUCAAACUUUACAAAAUUGGCCGCUGUGGCAUCGAGUGAAUUGGUAUCUGACUUAUACCCAGUAGUAAAUUUCAAGACGGCCACAGGAAACACUCUUAUUCGUGUAACAAGAGAAGACUUUAGCAUCGAAGCAGGAAGAAUUAGAAAUUACACUGGGGGCGAAGCUGAUAAGAUCACUAGAUCCCAAUUGCCAUUGUUAUUAUCAUGGGCAAUAUCUAUUCAUAAAGCACAAGGUCAAACCAUCGACAGAUUGAAAAUCGACCUAAGAAAGAUCUUUGAAAAGGGUCAAGUCUAUGUUGCCCUUUCAAGAGCAACUAAUAAAGACCAUUUACAGAUAUUGAAUUUCGAUCCGAGGAGAAUUACCGCCUCUCAAGAUGUUAAACAAUUCUAUCAUAAAUUAGAAACAACACCUAAUCUAUAG